GUGACACCCAUCCACCAAUAACACAUCAUGCGCGGUCAACAGUUCCGUGGUGCCACUAUUUGAGGCCUACCAUUUCGUGUGACAUAAGCCAUGGCAGUCGAAGAUGGACGCUUCCCCGCUCCUGGUCAACUCCAAAUGUGGCACAUUCAUCAUCUAGUUCAGCCUACCCUCACCCUCUACUGACGGACACAACCUUCUUCACUCCAUCAUGGCAAAGGUGGUCUGCGAAUGCGGGCGAUCUUUCAAAACGGAUAUGUCCAUGAAUCAGCACAGGCGGGACUCACCGAGACACCAAGAACACCCCGAAGAUGCCGCAGGUGACUCGACGCCGGCAAGUUCUAGCCGUGCUACUAGAAGUGGAAGGCCGACUCGGCAGGCAUCUACCAAACCACGCACUAGCAGUUUUGAGUGGUACGCUUCUCGCUAUCCGGUCACCCAAUUUGUGAGAGCUGGCGAGUCGCCCGAGACCAUCAAGGCCAAUAAACUGGGACAAAAAAGGAAGACAACCGUGGAGGUGCUCUCGAUUUCGUCGCAUCGCCGCUCAUACGUGCAAUAUACGCAUCGGGAUAAUCUGGACUGGGGUCUUUGUGACAAAGACUGUGGCUGGUGCGGCCGUUGUGCUAACGGUGUUGUCUUUUGACGUUUAAAAGAGUAUCGCAAGUACUGCAAUGCGCAAAUGAUCUUCUAGAAUCUCCCUUGCUGCCUCUCAGAAUAAUGGUCUCCUUCGUUUGGGUCAACGACGCCUUCUAAACGACCCAGAGCCGCGUAGGUACUGACCGUGCCUAUGUAUGUACCUAGACACUAGUACCUGCUCACCAUGUCCGGAGUCCUGUC